AUGGUUGUGAUAUCACGCUACGUUCGUUCAUUCGGUGGCAAAAAAUGCAUGCCCUGCUGGGGUUGGAGCCCAAGGCAUUACGUAGGUGGUGGGGUGGGUGCCGAAAGGCCAAUGAAUUGGGCUCUUGAGUUUUGUAAUUUUAGAGGACUGGCAGCAGUUUUGGAGAACAACGUAGGAACCGGACCGCAUUCAACAUUCUGCCUUUGUCGAAUGGACGACGUAUCCGGUCAAAUUCAUUCCAUCGAUGCGUGUCAGAUGAUGGUCGGUGCAAUGGAGAGACCAACAAAGCACAGGCAGUUGGAUAUCACGCUGGCCUCGUGUGACCAGUAUCAAUACGGCCUGGAGAAAUCUGACCAGUUUAUUCGCUACUACAUCAACCGGAAAAGACAGCAUGGCGGUCAGUUCGAAACUGACCAUGCAGGACACGGCAUCAAGACGCUGUCUGUCCUCGAGCGUCUGGCAGGCCUACAUUCAACAGAAGGUCAAGCAGCUGCAGCAACGACAUCAUUAUCAUCAUCAACGGCUACUACUACAACCGCUAGAAACGUUACUACAACAACGUCCAACAACAAUGAUAAUAAUAAUAGUAAUAAUAAUAAUAUUAACAACAAUGAUAAUAAUAAUAAUAAUAACAUUCUGUCAUUAAUAAGUUCGCCAUUAUCACCAUCAUCAUCAUCAUCCUAUUUCAUGUACGCGCUCGGCUCAUUGCCAUCAUCACCGACGUAUUUUCACCAUCGUCUGCCUCACUAUCGUCUGCCUAUUUACUGUCCCCAGUUCCUCUCCCCACCUGUCAAUCAAAGACGAUCAUUACUAUUUUCUGGUAUUAUUGAUAAUGAUGACGAGAUGAAACGUUUUAUCGGUGAUGAUGAUGAUGAGGGUGGCGCUGAAGAUUACGAUAAUAAAAACAGGCUGAAUAAUAAUAAUAAUAAUAAUAAUAAUAAUAAUAAUAAUAAUAAUAAUAAUCAAUAUUUUGACGAAAUUGAUGGCAUUGAUGAUGAUGAUGAUAAUGAUGAUGAUGAUGAUAAUGGUAAAGUUGGGGAGGAAAAUUACCGAAAUAUUUUUGGUAACGCCAAUAAUCACAACAUUGAAAAAUAUAAGAGAGUUAGAUUCAAAGAUUUACUCUGA